CUGUAACAUUUAGAAAUUUAAAUACAGCUUUUCAGUUCAAUUCGAAACCUAAUAAUUUAUAAUCGUUCUAAAUAAAUUAUUUCAUACUAGUGUAAUAACAUAUUAUUAUUAAAUACAGUAGUAAUGCUGGUAAUUUAGUAUUAAAUACAAUAUUCAUUUACAAUCAAAUACAGUAAUAAUAAGCAAAUAAAAUAAAGCGAUUCGAAAGAUGUCGCAACUUUAACUCUAGAGCAGUAGAUCUUAGAACUGAGGAGGUUGAGAUCUCACAAUCUUCGAGUGCCUUGAGCGAAAUUUCACGACCAAUGGAAGUUCUGCUCCUUAGCUCUUUUCGGUGGUUCGACAGAUUAUAACUUAGAAUGUCCUGAAGGUAGAGAGCUUCCUUGCUCGUUCUGUUACCCUAAGAAUUUUCCCACGUCCUUGAGAUCUGGAGGUUCGCGUUUUCAACAUUUUCAGGAAAAAUUGAUAUUGCUUCUUUUGAAAUUGCCACUUGCAAUAUUGAUAUUUUAAGAUUUCAGAAAAUUCUAGUAGCGCAUAUUAAUAGAAUUAGACCUGAAGGAUAGUUAUACCCUGAUAAACUUGCCAUAAAAAUGACAUAUGUAUUUUUUUUAAAGCACCUAAAUAUUUUAUAAAAUUUUUUUAAAUCUUUACUUAAACAUUGCAAAGCGCCUGAAUAUUCUGUAGAUAGAUAAUCGCUCGCUAUUAUGUCCAUGUAUAUCGAAUGAGUACAUUCCUGACCGAUUGUUCUCCGACGGUCUCCAGUUACUCAGCUUAUAUCGAAACACGAUUUUUCCAUAUCAAUUGCGUCAGCUGCUUUACUUUACUUCAGGUGCAGUCACCAUCGAACAACGUUCGCUAUCAUGUUCCUAUCACUAUGGAAAUGAAAUGUGUCGUGUUUAUGUACUUUACACUAUUUCCUCUGUUGCUAUUGACCACAGAGGUUUAUCUUCAUGGUUUUAAAGGCGAAGUAACUACAGAUGAUAGUCUCAGAGGAUGCGCGUAUUUACAUUGCGGUGGGGAUGAUGUCUGCGUACAUCGAAAAUUUCGAUGUAAAGACCCUCCUUGUCCCAGUAUGCUAUACUGCGCGAGAUCUCGAACAGAAUCUCUAAGAGGACCCUCUACCUGCGAUACUGUGCACUGCACCAAUGGUUACGUGUGUAUGUUGAAAGUUCGUCGUUGUCACUGGGACGAAAAGUGCGAGCAACAGAUAGCAAGAUGCGUAACCCAAAAAGAAUACUACGAAGGCCCCGCUUCCUGCGCCGGGUUCAAAUGUCCUCAAGGAAACCACUGCAUUCUUCGGGAAUCAUUCUGUGCGAAUCCUCCUUGUAAAUUAAUAAAAAGCUGCAUGAAAAACAAAGAAGUGCAGCAUUUAUUCGUAAAGUGUCGAAAUCUCGGUUGUUCAUCAGAAUACGAAUGUUUCUUACGAAGACCAGAGGGUAACUGUUCGAUUCCACUUUGUAAACACACACCGGAUUGCGUAAUGCCAAAAGAGAACGAAAUGGCAAAUGAACGUUGUCGUGGAUGGAUAUGCCCACAAAGGCAAACCUGUUCCGCAGAAAUUGUAGGAUCUUGCGAGACAGACGACUGUAAUAUUAAAAGAACUUGCCAUGAGGUACAUGUAGCAGCAGCGAAUGAUUCUGCUUCAUCUUUCUCAAGAAGAUCUCUGAAGGAAGAGGACGAAGUCCCUCGGAAUGAUAGCGAGAUACUAACAAACUCGGAUCAAGAAAAUGGAGUUGAAAGAAGAAGAAUCCCUGUCUCAUGGUUAAAUCAUCUAAAAUCGAAAACUGAAUUGGACGCGAUAGAACUAUGGAGAAAAAAUGUCGAAGAACAGAAAGAUUUCAAGCAAUUUCAAGAUUGGCUUCAAUCUAUCAAGGAAAUACUCGGUUCUGGUGCGUACGGUGACUGGCUAGAGGAAAUUCUGUCGUCGCGUGGCGAAGAGUUGCGAAAAUGGCUGCAAACAUCACACGGCAAUCUGGAUGCCAUGGGACCGAUACUUCCGGGACAAGAACGACCUACUACAUUGACAGAAAAUCUAUACUCAGUUCGCGGUACGAUGAAUAUAUCGCCAUCUGACGAUAAAAAAGGGAUAGAAGAAAUUGAGUCUUUUCUGAGAGAAAGAAAUUUGACGCAUAUUUUAGAGAAGAUUCUUAUACCAAGCAGAAUCCUGUUACCGCCGUACGCAGCUUUAGAAGCUGCUCUGCUGAAUAAUGUAAGGGAAUCUAGCCCUUCGCCAUUUUUCAAUUAUCUUCUGAAAUAUCCCUCUUACGUGGGAAAUCAAUUUUUAUCGUCGCGGCCACAGAAAAUCGAAAAUGCUUACGAUCAACAGUAUCUUGUGGUUCCUGUGAAAAAUAUGAAGGAAUUAACCAAUUUUCCGAUUAUCGAUUAUAAUCCCAGUAUACGACAUUAUCACGGAACGAUUUCAGAAAAUGGGAAAGUAUCUGAUGUACGGGACAAUUUUUCCUCUUUCAAUGUUCCAGAGAAGCAGAUAAAUUUAUCAUCAACUAGAGACGAGCUAUCGUCUUUGUGGACUGAACUGCACAAAAAUUUUAAAAAGACUUUACCUAAAGAAGAAACGCACUCUGUUGAAGAUUCCAUUGAUCUUUCGGGAGACAAAAGGUUGAUGGCCAAGGCGCAACACUUUGAUGACAUCCCUGUUGAUUUGUUGGAGAAGUUUCUUAAGUUUCUUAACUCUAUGCAGUUCUCUCCGAUUGAAAAUGUGUCACAGACUUUUGAUGAAAAAUCUAUCGAAGAAUAUCGCGAAGAAAAUUUACCUAAAGCUCCGCAAAAUGAGAAACACGAUGGAGACUUCGAGUGGAGUUCGAUAAUUCAUAGUCAAAAUAAUGAAGAUACAUUUAGGAAUAAAAAUGCUGAAGAGAAUGCAAACCAAUUUUCUUUCCCUAAUGAUGACUAUGGAAAUUUCACAGACAUGAUCGAACCAGGUGUUAAGACGUUCUUUAAUAAAUUAGAUAACAUUCAACCUUUCAGUUAUUCAGAUCAGUCGAAUGAUGUCCAAUCACAGUUAUCAUUCCCACAAAUCGACGAUACAAACAACGAAGAAAUGGAUUUAAAUCUUUUCCUUGAACUGAACAGAGAAAGUCUCUUACCUUACGUACAAACCCUGAUGGAAAUGAUGAAUGAGGAGAAUGAUACUUUCGAUAGAGAAACAGAAUUGAAUUUCGACGAAAGUUCACUAAACACGUCCUUCCUAAAUAGUGAACAAGUUAGUGUUGAUGAAACUAACAGAUACUAUAACGAAUCAAGAUCUUCGGGGAUUGAAUCAAGUAAUAUUUUUCUGAAAAAUAUUCUAAAUAAUGUGAAUGAUGUUCAUAAUUCACAUAUCUUAGAAGAAGAAACAUAUGACCAGAUUUUGCCUACGAAUAAAACAGAAACAGCUUCAUCGAAUUUAAAACCAUAACAGGAAAGAAAAUCGAGGACACCUGAGCUAAUUUAUGCAAACGAGGAACUUACUAUUCGGUCCUUUUAUAAUCUGCCUAGUUACGGUGCUGGCAACGGUGACAUUGGUCUUCAGGAUUACACGUACGUCGAAUAUGGUCGUACGA